ACUAUUAUACCGUGACUGUCUUAUCAAUUAAAGUGUCACUCAGUUUUUCUGUCUACCUCUUCUAUUUAAGGGACCCCUUCAAAAUCUCUCUGUUUAUCUUGCAAGUGGAAGUUGGCUUAUCACAAAUUUUCCAAUAAUGUUUGAAUACAAGAAAAUUUUCAAUGUUACAUAUAUUCUUGGUCAGAAACUUUGUCAAUAACCAAAAAAGUUAGUAGUUUUUUUUAGUGAUGGAAGUUCCAGUUUGUAGUGGAACUGAAAUAAUAAGCAAGCCUAGUCGAAGAAUUUCUAUUUGGUCAUCACCAACUAACCGUCCACCUGGUUUUCUUCUUUAACAUUAAGCUGUAGACUGUACGUAGUUGGUGUUUUUGCACACUUAAGUGUGUGUUUUGGAGAGGAAAAAAAGAUGGAGUUUUUCAAUUCUUGUAAUGGAUUUUGUGAGGACUAUGGUUUUCAGGGGAUGAUAGCAAAUGGGUCAACUUCAUCUUCAUCAUUGAUUUUGGAUAAUGAAAGAGGAGAGUUAGUGAAGGCAAUGGUGAGACCAGGGGAAAAAGGGGUUAAUCCAGAAAAGGCUUUGAUUGCAUUGAAAAAUCAUAGUGAAGCUGAAAGGCGGCGCAGAGAGAGAAUUAAUGGUCAUUUGGGUACUCUCAGAAACCUUAUUCCUGGCACUAAUAAGAUGGAUAAGGCCGCUUUACUUGCCAAAGUCAUCAGUCACAUAAAGGAUUUGAGAGUGAAUGCAGCAGAAGCUACCAAAGGUGUUCUAGUUCCAACAGACAUCGAUGAAGUAUGUGUCGAACAGCAAGCAGAGGGAUCUGGCAGAGCCACUUAUUCUGUCAAAGCAUCUCUGUGCUGUGAAUAUAAGCAUGAGCUUAUUUCUGAUCUGCGACAAGCUCUGGAUACUCUCCCCCUAAAAACUGUAAGGGCAGAGAUCGCUACGUUAGGGAACAGAAUGGUUAGCGUUUUCGUGAUUACUGAGGGCGAUGAAGGGAAUACUGAGGAUAAUGAAAGGUGCCAGCUUCUUGUAACUUCCGUUCGUCAGGCUUUGAGGUCAGUGCUUGAUAAAUUUUAUGCCUCUGAGGAGUUCUCUUCGAGAAGUACACUGUCAAGCAAGAGACAAAGAGUUUCACUCCUCGAUUCUUCGAGCUCUUCUUCUUUAGGCGAUUUCUGGUGAAAAAGGCAUCAUAUUUACUGCUUUUUUGUAUUAUCAAGUAUCAUGUUAUAAUUAAUGUCGCGAUCACAGAUUAAUUAAUAGCAUAUGUUUUGGCAUGCAUGCCCUCUGAUUAAAUGGAUGUGCAUGCUCCUACAUAUGUCUGCUUUUGUAAAUGGUAAAUGUGUUGCACUAAGUUGCAACCAGAAAAUAUAUAAGAAAAUAAUUCUGAUGUAAUCGGUAA